UGUCUUUGCUUUACUUUUUGUUUUGCUUGUUCUCCUUGUUUGACACAACAUUGUUCUGUUUUGUUUGUUAAACUAUUCCUUUGCUGCUUUGUAACUUUUUUCUACUUGCUGUUAUAGUGCCAAUACAGCAUACAUAAUUAAACUGUAGAAACAGUGACUGACACGGAAAUAACAAUUUUCAAACAAAAGAAUAAUAAAAUAAAGAAUGAUAAGUGUGAAAUGAAGAAUAGUAUUGCUUAAGGUUGUCCUGAUUCAUUCAUAUUGCUUGCUGUCUGAUUAUUAAAAGAUGGCCCAUCAAAUGUUGUAAUGAAUGUAAUUUUAUUAAUUUAUUUUUUGCCAUGACAUUAUUAUUCUGCGACAGUGGCAUCCCCAUGGUUUUGCAUGUAAUCUUUUGUCACUAUUAAUUACACUCUCUGCUCCUCACAGAUGAGUGAGAGGGUGUGAAAGGGAUGCUAGGUGUGGGAAAAUUCAGUGCCAAGGAGGUGCCAACAGGCCUGUGAUCGGAACCAAUGCGGUCUCCAUAGACACAAACAUACCUCUGCAAGCGGGUGGGCGUAUUCUGUGCCGUGGAACACAUGUGUACCUGGGUGACGAUAUGCCUGAUCCAGGACUGGUAUUGGCAGGCACUAAGUGUGCUGAAGGAAUGAUGUGUUUGAACAGGCAGUGUCAGAAUGUCAGUGUCUUCGGAGUGCACAAGUGCUCUGGGAAGUGUAAUGGAAGAGGGGAAUGCAACAACAAGAAGAACUGCCACUGUGAAGCUCACUGGGCACCUCCUUUCUGUGAUAGGGCGGGGUUUGGCGGCAGCGUCGACAGUGGACCAAUGAGACAAGCCGAUGUGCGAGUGUGUGUAUUAAUGUGCGUGCUGUCCUAUGUGACAACAGCUGACAGCAGCGCUGUGGCCGUGGGCGCGCUGGUCACCCUCCUCUGUUUGCUGUCGGCGGGACUGAUUGUGUGCCUGAAGAGGAAAGCGUUGGUUCGGAUGCUCUGCAUCAAUAAGAAGAGCGCCAUCCAAAAGCUCAGAUCAGUAGGGCGAAAGCAGACUCCCAGCCCCCCGCAGACACAGUCAGUGUUCAGGGUCUCGCCUCAGCACAAGCCCGCCUCUUUACCUUUACACUCCCGCUGUGACAAGAUGUCUCAUCACAGCUCGGAGCCUCUCCUUCCUCCGCACAACUUCCACAGUUUGCGUCGGCUGCCUGAAUGUCCCACGCGCUGCCAGCCCGUCCACAUUAGCCACCCCAUGCCCAUCACAGGUCUGCAGCUUCACAGGACUCUGGUGUCACACACACACUCGCCAGGCAGAGCGGCAGGCUUCCACACACUCCCACGCCAGCUGCCCUACGCUAACAUCCAGGACCACGACAAGCCCAGUCCCCCACAGAAACCACUUCCCGCAGACCCCUUAAUCAGAGGGCACGGGGUGGGUCGAAGCACAUCUGCAGCGGGAGUGCGGAUACCUGGACCUCUAGCCAUCCCGAUUCCAACUGUACCACGACCGCCUCCUGCCAUACCACUGCCAAACAGGCCUCUUCCCAGAUUACCACAGCCCUUUUAUGAUCACUGACACAUGGACACCACAGCACUGGGUGAAUUUCACCAGCAUCUGAACACACUUGUUUGCACUAUGAAAACUCUGUUGGACCAAGUGACCACCCCUGCAGAAACUCCACGGAGGGUCUCACAGAGAAGAGGGCUGCCCCCGACACCUUGGUGCUCCGCCUCCUCAGAAAAGGUGUUAGUUUGUCCUCGCUCAGGUACUGCAGAACUAUUUAAGAUGUAUAUUUAUUGUGAGGAGGAAACUACGUGCUGUGCUUGACACCUUUUUUACUGUCUGACAGUUUUUUGUUUGGUUUUACAUGUUGAAAAUAAGCCGACCAAUCA